UUAUUAAGGGUAUAUAAGCAACUUUGCAUCAUAUGACACUCAAACAGCACAAGCCAUGUGGACGCCACCAGGAGUUUUCCUUUUGUUGCUUGUGACAGUCCUACAGGCAGUUGCGGGCAAAAAAGAAGUAAUUUGCGAAAACUCCAAAACAACAUUGUCAUGUCCUUCAAACCAAGUUAUCAAGAUUAAGCAGGCAACGUAUGGUAGAUCUAAUAAAAAAACGUGCAAACACCCAAAGAUAAAAACAACUCGUUGUUCUACGAAAAAAACUCUGGUCAUCAUUAGUAAGAAUUGUGAUUGGCGAAAAUCAUGCGUUGUUGAUGCAAAUAACGGACUGUAUGGUGAUCCUUGUCCUGGAACAUAUAAAUAUGUCACUGUUUCCUAUUCCUGCCAAGAUAAAACGUGCAGGAAAAAAUGUCAUAAGUAUGCCGAGUGUAUCGGAGGAAAAUGUGUCUGUAGGUCAGCAUGGCACGGCGACGGAAAAUCUUGUAUCAGCAAAAGAGUGUUGUAUGUCAACUGCCAGAGAAAAUGUGGUGGUAAGAGAAAAGUCGCCACGUGGUUAAAAAAAUGCGUCUGUAAACCAGGAUACCAAGGCGACGGAAUUAGAUCUUGUUCAAACCGCAAAUUUAAAGGCGCCGUUGUGGUUCCGGACGCGCCAGCAGUAGCCGUGGAAGCGCUAGAAGAAGCAACUGAAGAAGUCGCCCCUGUGGCUGUCGAAGCGCCAGAAGAAGCCAUCGAAGAAGAAGAUAAAACACCCAAGUGCAGGACAAAAUGUCAUAAGAAAGCCAUAUGUACAAGAGGCAAAUGUGUCUGUAAGUCAGCAUGGCGAGGCGACGGAAUUAGAUCUUGUACUAGCAUCAGAGUUUUGACACAAAAAUGCUUGAGAACAUGUGAUAGGAGAGUCGCCAAGUGUAAAAAAGGAAAAUGCGUCUGUAAAUCAGGAUACCGAGGCGACGGAAUAAGUUCUUGUUCAAACCGCAGAGUCAAGACACCAGUACAUAUUGUACACAAAUGCUUGAAAAGAUGCCAUAAGAAAGCCAAGUGUAUAAAUAGGAAAUGCGUAUGUAAAGCCAAAUACCGAGGCGACGGAGUUAGAUCUUGUAGAAAAGACAAAGAUGGUGACAGCAGCAGUGAAGAACAAGAAGAAGGAAAAUAGAAGAAGGAGAUAGUGAAGAUGGAUCUCGGGAGGAAGAAGGAGAUCAUUAAUAACUAGCGCUUAUAAACAUGCUGCGACUCAGUAAAACAUAUAUAUUAAAAAAUAGAUAGACAUUUAUUGUUCAAUUUAUUAAUAAAUUAUGCAACCACAUAUAAAA